GCCACACAUGGGCCUGUCUUUUUCUCAUGUACUCUUCCUUUGUAGAGCACACAAAACAGGAAAGGAGAAGACAAGACUUAGAAAAACAGAAAAAAUCCCCCCCAAAGUAGGGGCUGGUUCUGUUAUCUACAGAAAAUACCUUUCUUGAUAAUAACGAUCAUUAUUAUCAUAAAUACUCUUUACUUUUCUUAGAACUGUAUUGAAGUUUCUGUGGAGAACAAGCUUUACCAGCCCCUGCUUUGGGGGGACAUUACUGCCGCAGACCAAGUCUGUGUGCACAGCCUCUGGCCAUGGAGCCGGACAGUAGCAGUCAACAAAUUCCAGACAUGCUUGAGAGAGAGGAGACGCCUUUAACCACUUCCUCUGAGCCACAGCUCCAAUCACCCCAAAGAUCUCCAAACAAUUCGAUACUUCGGCCCCGCUCCUCUAAACCGGACAAAGUCUCCCAUCCUCCUCCAUGGGAAGAAGACCUGCAGCCGGAGGAUCAUCCCUGUAGCCCAGCAAAGAAGAUUAGAAAUAAUAAAUAUAUUCCUCACCAAAAUAUAAAUAAUAGAUUGCCCACAAAAAGGUUUUACCAAACUGAAUUAUUAAACGAAAACUUAUUAACUUUCUCAUGCCUUACACACCUUUUGGGCUACAGGCCAUCGACAAGGGACCUCCAGAGUUAUCGAUGGCGGGCUUUCUCUUCUAUCCCUGUUCAGGUGUAUCCCAACGUGAUGUCUUCAAGCAGAUUGCUUUACUUGCUGUUUUUUGGCCUACCUGUCAUUUUUAAAAAGCAAACUUCUGAUAAAACAGAUUUUUUUACAAAAAUUAUACCACAUUUGAAUUUAGACAAAGAGUCAAGUAUUGAUAUAAUGCCUCCGGAUGAACACAUGAGGUCUGUCCUUGCAUCUCAAGAAGAAAAACAAUAUGCAUUUGCUAUUGCUUAUUUGAAAGAUGGUAAUACCAAAGAUUUUCCUGCAGUUUAUCCAGACCAUCCAAAGGAGGAAGGACAUUCUGCUUCUCUUCCCAGUAAAAAACACAGUGAGGAAAUAUUAAUUCAGCAGAUUGACGAUUUUUUAUUAGAUCGUGGAAAUGAAGUGAAAAUACUCUUGGUGUUUUCCUAUAACAGCCCAUGUUUGAAGAGAGAGAACAAUGCCACCUGCUGUAUGUUUCUACUUUUACAGAAAGCUGAUGACUGGCACAGUAGAUAUGGAUUUUUUACCAACGUCACAUUUACAAAAUUUUGGGGACUAACUGGUCCAAAUUUUUUUAAGCAUCUCACUUAUUCUGACAUCUCAGAUCUGAAGAGUGUUUUUUUUCCUUAUAUUGAAAAAUGCAAGAACAUCCGUUUCAAACUGAACGAAAAGAAACUGAGACGAAAUAUGUCUGAAAAUGGUGGCCUAUAUAAGAAAAUCCACUUGGCCACAGAUAAAAAAAUACUAAGUAGUACUAUCAAAUCCAUUCUUCACAAACUUGUGGAUCAGGCAAAAACUUCAUGUCGUCAAAAAGAUCAUUUGGACCGUGGAACCAAAAUUAUUACAUCUAAAUUUCACCAGGAGGUCAGAGAAGAAAUCGUUACAGUUCUACAAAAGAAGUGGAAGGAGUUUAUCAACGAUGAAUCAAUGUCACCAAUAAGAAAAAAAAUAUCCACAGAUUUCAACAAUGCAGUACUUCAGUUUUUUGUAAAAGAGCUAAAGUUUUUUGGGGGAGACAACAGCCCUCUGAAGCUUUAUCAGGUCCCACAGAACAUGGAGGGGGAGGGAGAAUAUGUUCAACAGAUUAGAGAGCUUUGAGAGCACAGCAAGAGGGUUCCUGUUUAGGUCACAGCCCUUCUGUGCAGAAAUUGCAUGUCCUCCCCGUGUCAGUGUGAGUUUUCUCUGGGUACUCCAGCUUCCUCCCACAGUCCAGACACGCAGGUUAAUUGGUGACUCUAAAUUGUCCGUGAGUGUGAAUGGCCUCUAUGUGGAUAAGCAACAGCAAAUGGAUGGAUAGAUUAUGUUUUUGAAUAACUUAAAAACAUGGAGCAUUACUUUUUGUACUUACACAAAAGUUUUGAUCUUAAAUUAUAUAUAUAUAUAUAUAUAUAUACAUUUGUUUUUAAUUAAGACUUAAAAAAAUACAGUUUUAAAAAUCUUAAUUUGGGUACCAAUUGUAAUUAGAGUACUAAUUAUUAUUGUAACUCAAGCAUAUAUUUUGUCUGGAUCUUUGUUGUCUGCUCUGUCCUGAGUUUCUGGCAAUAAAACCUUUACAUUGAA